CAAGGCUUCUAUAUAUACAUAUCUAAGUCAUUGUCCUUUUGCUCAUCAAACCCAUAAAUCCUUCACCUACGCUCUCCAGAAAUGGCGAAAAUCGCUUUAGGAACUCGCCGAGAGGCCACCCAGUCUGACUGCAUCAAAGCCCUUAUUGUCGAGUUUAUCACUACCUUCCUCUUUGUCUUCGCUGGAGUAGGGUCUGCCAUGGCUGCUAAUAAAUUAUUGGGAGAUUCUCUUGUGGGUUUGUUUUUCGUGGCUAUGGCACAUACACUAGUUGUGGCUGUGAUGAUAUCAGCCGGCCACAUUUCUGGUGGUCAUCUCAACCCAGCUGUCACUCUUGGCCUCCUUGCCGGUGGGCACAUCACCGUUGUCCGAUCCAUCCUUUACUGGAUUGAUCAAUUGCUAGCAUCUUCAGCUGCUUGUUUCCUUCUCAAUUAUCUCACAGGAGGAAUGGCAACUCCAGUACAUACUCUGGCAAGUGGGGUGGGAUAUGUUCAAGGCAUAGUGUGGGAGAUUGUACUGACAUUCUCCUUACUGUUCACCGUAUAUGCCACGAUUGUUGACCCCAAGAAAGGUUCCAUUGAUGGGCUGGGUCCAACACUGACUGGGUUCGUAGUUGGGGCUAAUAUCUUAGCCGGCGGACCAUUCUCCGGAGCCUCUAUGAACCCGGCAAGAUCUUUUGGACCGGCUUUGGUGAGCUGGGACUGGACUGAUCACUGGGUUUACUGGGUUGGACCCCUUAUUGGUGGUGGGCUGGCUGGAUUUAUCUAUGAGAAUUUCUUCAUCAUAAGAUCUCAUCGUCCUCUUCCAAAUGAUGAAGAAAACUACUAAACUAGUAGCAUCUAGUUGUACUUGUACUUUGCCCACUCUUUUUUAUCUUUUUCUCUUAAUGUACUAAUAAAGUUUCUGUGUUCAGCCUAAGAUUAAUUAUGUGGUACUUUUGGUUUGAUAUGUAAAGCUCAUCUUUGCUUUAGUUUAUCCAUGUGAAUUGAUCAGGAAUUAUGUAUGCCUUUUAUCAUCAAAACUCUGGCACUUGUUCAUUUUUCA